CCGGGGCAGCACAAAAAAACGCUCCGGCCGUGCCCUCCGUCAGUACGGAUUUCGACUCGUCCCGGGCAAGUACCGAAAAUCAAAGUGUCCUCCGUGGGGCCCCGUUUGUUCGUGCGUUCGGUCGGUCCGGUUCGUUUUUGGGUGUGUGUGUGUGUGUCCUCACGGCGCGCGCGGCGAGGAACCACCGGGUCAAUUGGCGAGCAGGGAGGGGGACCGGACUCUCCGAGGAAUUCCGGAUUGAAGGGAAAAGUGGAAGGUUGGACCACUUGGGUUGGGUUUGUGAAAUCGUUAAGUGUUGCGGAUUUUGGGGAACCUCCCCGGAUAUUGAUGACCAAAGUGGCGGAGAGGAAGACAUGAAAAGGGCAACUCCUUCCGAAAAGUGCGGGCGCGAAUCUCCUGGAAGCAACGGCGAAAGGAUGACAGUCGUGCCGUGAAUUGGUAAUCCGGAAGAUUCUGGGAUAUUAAAAGAAGGAUCCGGUCACGCCUGAUUUGAUCAUGACGAUUAUCUGGGCUUGGUUCCGGGAAGAAGAUGUCAAGUUUAGGCCGCUUAAGUCAAAAUAAAUAAAUACCUUAACAAAAAAAAAAAGAAACAUAGCAGACUCGGGAGGAAAUUAGUUUUUUCUUCGACGUAGAACUACGUCCGACCCCGUUCCACGACGACUUCUUGGAGGUUAUGUCUGACAGCGGGCUGACAGCAGGCGGACGGAACGUGGUGCGGGAUUCCGGCGCCAACCAACAAGUGAGAAAUAACAACAGUUUCGCGCGCGGCAAAUAGAGCUGUGUUUGUGCUUUUUUCCUCUUUUUGUGAUACCACGUGAAAAGGGUAGAAAAAAAAGAAGGGCGCAUUCAGAAACGACGUAACGGUUUGAGAAAUUGUGAGAUAAAAGGAAGUUUGCACCAAAGUUAAUGUGUUUUUACUGUGAAAAAGUGUUGGUUACAGUUACAAGUUAAUAAAAGAGGAAAACUACUCACAAAAUAGUAAAAAAAAAUCGGAACCAACCAUCUGUCUGGCCAUCGAGAAUUCGGAAAACAGGGCAGGUGAAGGAUUAAUCGAGAGCAACGACGUUGGAGGCUGAAUUCGCCAACGAUAACCCACUCCAUCACGUGCACCGUGAGCCCGUUCAACCCGUUCGGCCCAACGGCUUCCGGCGCCCCACCAUCGCUGCCCGGCAGCUCCAACUGCCGCCGCCGCAACAUUGCCACCGGAGGCGGCACCAGCAGUAGCCGCCACCAUUCUGUCCGGUUCAACGUCCUGCACCUGCUACAGCUGCAUCGUCACCCGGGUGCACCGCGCAAGGGGAGGCCACGCCCGGGGCACGACCAUCCGGCGGACCACGACGCCCACUAGCCGGUCGGCGGUGCGCCGGAAGAAACGCCGAAGAAAAAAGUGACCGACCUCCAGAGAACCCUCCUUCCCCCUGUCCGUUUCCCCACUUUUCCCCGUUAGGGCGGUGGCACACACGCGAUGGGCCACUACCAGGUGGCACCACCGGCUAUCACCAAUACUAGCGAGCAACUGACUGUGCGGGUGCAUGUGUGAGUGGAGGCGCGCGCGCGCGCAACAGAACAAUAGCUGAACCAAAUGUGUAAAUAAGAAGAAACGUCAAAACGUCUGUGUUUUUUGUGAAGAGCGCAAAGAGCGAAAAGCGAAAAGCUCUCAUUCUCUCUCUCUUUCGGUUUCUCGGUGAAUGUUUUCAUUUCGUUCGUGUUAGUGUGUGGUAGUGUAACUGUUGUUCGUCGGAUGUGUGUUUGGCUGCACGUACACAAACGCACUAUUUUUGUUUUAAAGCAAACCGAUUAAGUCCAACGCGCGCGCGGUCAUGGAAGGAGCCCGUGACCGGCAGGUGGAAGCGCAGGGGAUCCGACGAGAAGCCGGCGGCCAAAAUCGGAAUUUCGGAGUAAAACGGGUAUUUUAACACAUUGUGUGUUGGUGGUCAACGCCAACGGCAAUUGUAAGCAGCAGGAGUCGUCAAAAUCGUAAAGAAAAUUAGGCGGUCACUUUAAAGUUAGUCGUACACAUACACACAAACAUACAUAACACACAUAUGUAAUACAUCUUCCCAUAAGCAUACUUAAACUCAUAUAUUAAAGAAAGCAUAUAACUUACGCACGCACCAGAAGUUGGCUGUUACUCUUGUUAGUGUUAGUGAAAGUCUAGUAUAUUCGUGUAAAGUAGUGAAAGAGAAGAGAAGAAAAAGUUGAGGUUAGUUAGGCGUAUGGGACCAGCAGCGAUCGUUCAGAACAACACCACCUAGCGGGAAAUAGCCCAAAACACCGUUUCAAAAUGGAUUACUCUAUGGUGGCCGUAGCCGGCAACAUCUCGCAGGAGGACUUCCUGGCCAUUGUGGGCGGAAACGCGUCCCUUGGCGGGGUCCUCCACGGCGGGUCCGCCACAAACACCCUGAAUGACACCCUCGGUGGAGUGCUGGCCACCGGCGGUGACAACCGGACGAUCUUCACCGGCUACCCGAGCGGGUACACGCUGCCCCACAUCAUUUUCGCUUCCAUCGUCGUAACCAUGCUGAUGAUCGUGAUCGUGGUCGGCAACAUGCUCGUGAUCAUCGCGAUCGCCACCGAAAAAGCGCUCAAAAACAUCCAAAACUGGUUCAUAGCAUCCCUCGCGGUCGCGGACUUCUUCCUCGGCCUGGUCAUCAUGCCGUUCUCGCUGGCCAACGAGCUGAUGGGCUACUGGAUCUUCGGCAACUGGUGGUGCGACAUCCACUCCGCCAUGGACGUGCUGCUCUGUACCUCGUCCAUCAUGAACCUGUGCCUGAUCUCGCUCGAUCGGUACUGGAGCAUCACGAAGGCGAUCGAGUAUCUGAAAACUCGGACCCCGGCCCGGGCCGCGUUCAUGAUCGCGGCGGUGUGGAUCAUGUCGGCGCUGGUGUGCAUACCGCCGCUGCUCGGCUGGAAGGCGCCCCGGCCGGAGGAGCACGUCGAGCUGCCGCAGUGUCAGCUGAGCCAGGACAUCGGGUACGUGCUGUACUCGGCCCUCGGGUCCUUUUACAUCCCGAGCUGCAUCAUGGUGUUUGUGUACAUCCGGAUUUACUUCGCCGCCAAGGCCCGGGCCCGCCGGGGGAUCCGGAAAAAGCCGCUCAAGCCGCCCAGCGCACAGGACACCAGCUUCACGCGCCCUGCCAACCCAAUGCCGUCGCUUCCCAGUGCCUCUUCCGUGUCGGGUGUCGCGUCCGUCGCCCCGACGGCGGCCACCGUCAACGGCCAGCAAACCGUCAACGCCAACAACAACAACAGCCUUGUGUCGAGCGCGAGCCAGCAGCAGAUCGCCACGAUAGAACCGCCACCGCGGGGCGGACCGAUGGCCAUUCCGACGGUGACGUGUGACUUUGCGUCGGACAUGUCGACGAGCGAGGCGGCCGACCACGACCACGCGGCCAUCAUCGCGGAGAUGAAGGACACGCUGAAGGUGGGGGCGGGCAAAAGCGGCGGGAUUACGUCGUUGCCGCUGCUUCGGGGGAACAACGGGACGGCGGCGGUGACGGCGGGCAGUUCGGUCAGUCCGGCCGGGCGGAACCGGGCCCUGUCGGUGGGCAUCGAGACGGACAUGGUGAGCGAGUUCGAUCCGUCCAGUUCGGAUUCCGGCGUAGUUAGUAGAUGUGCGGUGGUGAAACCGUUGAAGUUUAGGCUGUGUCAACCGAUCUUCGGCAAGCGGGCGGGCAAAGGUCGGAACAAGAACAAUAACGCGGCGGCACGGGGCAACUGUGCCGGCGGCGGUGGGCCAGGUAUGGCCAUGACCAACCAGCAGGCGGCGCUGUCCAUCUCGGCGAAGCAGAACGAUAGCGCGUGCAGCGGCGAGCUGGAACCGGCCCUGCCCAAGCCCAAACCACGCGAUCCGGAAAAGGAGAAGCGACGGAUCGCACGGAAAAAAGAGAAACGGGCCACCCUGAUCCUGGGCCUGAUCAUGGGCAGCUUCAUCGCCUGCUGGCUGCCCUUCUUCUUUCUGUACAUCCUCGUGCCGGUUUGCCCGACCUGCCAAAUACCGGACUUUGCCUUCUCGCUGGCCUUCUGGCUCGGCUACAUGAACUCCGCCCUCAACCCGGCCAUCUACACCAUCUUCAACAAGGACUUCCGGCGGGCCUUCCGGCGGAUCCUGUUCAAGUGAUGUUUAGCGUACGUGUGCUGCUACCGCUGCGUGUCCCGGAGCAUCGAAAAGGCGACGGAACGGGCGGUCAGCGGUGCACAGUUUGGCGGAGCGGGCUACCGGGGCGGGUACAUGCGAUAGCCGGGUGCCGCCGCUGCGGGGAAGAGGAGAAAGUAAUGAGCCCAGAAACCAAACCCACCAAUGAGAAGCGGGAGUUGCGCUGUGCUGAAGCAUACUGAAACACCAAUGGGAAAUGAGGGGCUUUUGGGAAGGGAGACGGAGAAUUCCGUAAUGGGGGAAAAUAAAACAGGGCGGUUCGUAGCGGAACCGUAGCGGAAAUAGACGAUCAGGUUGGUUAGAUGAAAUGGGAGGUAGUUGGGUCAGCUUGAUGGAUUAUAUGUCACUAUGAAGUGUUGCAGUUAUUUUUUUGAAGAUUCAGUUAUUCUUAUGAAAUUAUUUUUUCUAUGGCAGGUUCAAGUUUUUUUCUUAAAAAAAAAAACUUUAGAAAUGCAGAGUAGAUUUGCUAAUUCGAAAGUAACUGCAUUCGAAUGAGUGAAUCAAAAUUCGCUAAUUAAAACAACUAACAGCUGUCAAGCUCGGAAAUCUUCAGACAAUGGGAAACAUUACAAUGUCAGUUUGACAACUGGUUUUGACGUUUGAGUGUUUAUAAUUCGAAUACGUUAGAAUUAGCGAGCAUCCGAAGCAAACUUUGAAUUUACAAAUCCACUCUGUAGAAUUGAAACAGCAACAUACAAAACUUACUAUUAUCACCUAAACAAAACAUGUAUUUUUAAAGACAAUAGUAUUUUUGAAAUAUGACCGGAUUCAGAUUUUAUCAAACGGAACUUAUAAACUACAGAUUAUGCUUAGAAGAAUAAAAAUACUUUUGAAAAUAUUGGAAAUAAAACUAAUAAAUAUGGAAGCAUUGAAACCAAUGUUUUCAUUUUAAAAACAACUUCAAAAUCUAACUAAGAAACAAUUAAUGUUUGAAAUGGUGAAAAUUACAGAAACAUUACAGACAUUAGAAGAAAUUGCUUUGAAAAAUUAUAAAAAUCAUUUUAAAAUUUCUUCAAGCAGUUUUAUUUGAAAAAGUAGAAAAACAAACAAAAUUAUCUAUUUUUAGAGAAUGGAAGAAAAUAGAAAAAAUAAUAAAAAAAACAAUAGAAUUCUUUUAAAUAAGUUCGAACUGAUUUUUUCUCAAUAAACUAUUUAAAGAACUGCUCAAGUUUGAAAGAAUGAACAACUGUGGAAUUCAAAUACUGAAACAAGAAAAAAAUUAUUUAGAAAACUUUUAAUUUACAAGUUCGAGAAAUCAUGUUUGAAAAAAAAAUAAGUCAUAUUUUUUUUGUUAAUCCACGAAAAUGUUAAAAAAAACCAAUAAAAUAUUUUUAAAUAUUAUUUCCAAAUUUGCUCGAACUGUAAACAAUAUCUUGUUUUCCACUUUUGAACUUUUUCCUUUCGAUUAAUAAAGUAAAAAUAUAAACCUUUGAAUAAACAAAAAAAACUCAAAUGAAUAGAAACUCAAAAAUACCUAUAAUAAUACGAUACCAUAAAACUGAAAAUUUCAAAAAUUCAAUAUCUGCAUGAAUUACUUUUUUUGUGAAAAUAUCAAAAUAUGGUAUAUGUGAAAAUAAAUUUUAAAAAGCGAUAAUAAAAAGAAAUUUUGCAUUGUUUGACACCCACAUUGGAAAUUAAGAAUAUUUUAAUAUUUUCGGUAUUUUGUGAAAUUUAAAGAUAUUUACAAAAAAAUCUCGAAUAAAGUAAAAAUGAAAACAAAAUUUAGCAUCGUUUUAUAACCAAAGUGUUGUUGUUUUGAUAGUUUGGAUAUUUUAUUAAAAAAACUCUAACAGUGUGAAAUCAAAAUGCAAAUUUAAGAAUUUAACAAAAAAAAAAAUGCAAAAUGUAGAUUGGGUUGAUAGAUUGCGAUCUUUUUAAAAUUUGUAAUUUGAAUUAAUUAUUUAUAAUCAUCUCAAUAAAUGUUUUGAAAAUGAAAAUAUGAUUUUUAGCUAAUUUUAUAAUAAGUUAAUUAAAGUAAACUGAAAAUCUUUUCAUUGAUAGUAAAAAACAGAAAACCAAUUAUUGAAAAAAGAAGAAAUGAAAUUAUUGAACCAAUUCUGAAAAAUCAAUAUUAAAAUAGUAUUAAAAAUUAAAAAGUGAAGAGAAUUACAAUUUUCUUUACAGUCUCGGUAACAAUCAAUAAAAUCGGUGGGCAGUGAUUCAUUAAUGUAAAAGAUGUUAUAAAAACCAUAAUUUUUUGCAGAUUUUUAAUUUAAUUAUGUGUAUUCUUUCAAUAAAAUCCAUUAAACCGACCCAUCUCCCUCUCAAACCAAGGACUGCGAUACCAUUUUUCUAAACGUAGUAGCAAAAAGAAAACAAACCAAGACUAGUUAAACUCGCAAAUUUUAUACGAAAAAAUCACACACUCACACAAACCCACUAAAAAAAUCCCGAACAAACAACACCCCUUCUCACACAUUCAUCAACCCACUACUCACACAAACUGGGCCCUCUUGGUCGGCAAAAAAAGCACUCAAACACACGGAGGGGGGUCGCCUUCAUCCCACCUGCUCCUUGAAAUGAAGAAAAAGGACGAAGAAGAUGAAAACAGCAACAUUCAUUUUGGUAGCAUUUAAGGCGUGUUACUAAAAACAGUGUGCAAGAGGCAAGGAACAACAACAACAAAAACGAUAGCAUAAGCAAUAAUCAUUAAAUCUUCCGUUAAAUUUUUGAUUUAUGAUUUUAGUUUUUGUAAGGUUUUUUACGGGACUAUUGUACUAAUCUAUGGUAGGGGAGAAUUGAUUAAAAUUGUAAGAUGAAAAAAAUAUGAAAAAAAUACUAUAAGUAUGACUAGGUUACGUGGUUAAGGUCGAACCAAAAAUUGACAACAACAAAAUAAAACAAAACAAAAAACAAGUGUAAAAAUAAAACAAUCUAGAGACGGGUGAAUACCGGUAAAAUAAGUAAGCAGAUAGGAUUUUUACGAGCAAACAAAAGCGCGAACCUGGGGAUGGCGUUGGGGGGGUCACCCUGGUUGACUACGUGUGCUAGCCCCACCCUCUCUUGAUUCCAAAAUACGUGUCCACCAGGUGACCCCCACCCUCCCCUUGGGACGCCCCUGUGAAUAGCAAAAUUGUACAGAAACACACACAGACACACGGUCACAAAAUACACACACAAAGAAAAAAAAAUCACCGGAAUUACGGUACGUUUUAACCAAGCAAUAAUUCCACAAAGCUGAAGCGGAUUCGGUGUGGAGAUUUCAUCUCACCCCCUCCCCCACCCACUUUAAAACCAGUGUACAUAACACCUCCAAAAACGGUCAAACAUAUUGUUGAAAACGUAUAGUCUAUCAAAUGUUACUGUCACCAUUGUGUACAUUGAGCGCGAGUUAUUUUUCUUCCUGGUGAAUAGCGAUUCUUAUACAAAAACAAAAUACUGCAAAAAAGAAAGAAAAAGUAACAAAAAGUAAAUCUCUGUCUAUAGAACUAUAAUUUUUGAUAAAUUCUAGGUAAAUGUUACGAGCGAUGUGUGCGAAAAAGGAGAAUUUAUACCUUAUUAUGUCACGUACACAAUCACACACACACAAACUCACACUAUACGGUAAGGGAAGCUGGUGACCCUUGGUCAUAACACCUCCAAGGAACUUUGUCGUGAGGCUCUGAACUGCGAACUGGUGCUGUGAAUUUGGAUUUUUGGACAAUUGCAAAAAUCCCAGAACAUUUUCUGAAGAUUGUGGAUGGUGCCAUUCACUUUUUGAGCAAUGACUAUCAAUGACGUUUUCGAAUUCAGGGUUAAUAAAUUUAAACUGUAAAUUGAUUACGAUGUGUGAAGAAAUCAUGAAGAAAUCAAUUUCUUAUUGACGCUGUUUGAAUCAACAUUUUGACGUGUUGCUAGAAAAAAACGAGGCCGCCAAAUGGCCAAAUAAAAUUGUGAAGUAGAUUUAUUGAGAAAAAAUGAUAAAUUGUUAAAACCGUCAAGAAAAAUAGCGAGAAUAAAAACAAACCAAACAAAACAAAUAUUAAUAAUACAUAGAUUUUUGAUAAAAUAAAAAUUAUAUUUAUGUUCGAAAUACAAAAUUUUCCACAGCAUACCACUUAGAGCGUCCAAUUUCCCGGGGUUACAGAAUUCCCGGGAAACGGGAAAUUUUCAACAAAUUUCCCGGAAAAUCCCGGGAAUUCCCGGGAAAUUUAAAAUUUAACGAAAAUU